UAUCGAUUUUUUUUGCCAAAUUUCAAGUAGAACUACAAUUAAGUGAAUGAAACAUCAAAAUUUUGAAAAUAACUCGAAAUCUACGCCGAAUUUCGAAAAAAGUGAUUAGAUCGAAAAUGUAGUUUAAAAAAUUUUCUACAAAAAAGGUUUCUUUGGAUUUUUCUCUAAGAGCUGUCGUUUCUUUAUAAAAUGCGAUCAAACUUCGGGGUCGAAUUUUACUGGAAAAUUUUUGCGCCGCGUAAAGGGUUGAAAAAGAAACCGCUGUAUCUCCUCGAAAACUCAACAUUUCGGGACGAAACAAAAAUCAUUUUACUCGUUAGAUUAUCUACUUUUCAAAUGCAUUUGCAAAAAAAUUCAGACUAGUACAAUUUUUUUGGUAUACAACACGAAAGGUUUUGUUUUUUGCCGGUUGCAAGGGUGAAUUUAAAACAAAAAUGUCUGUAAUUCUGCUACACCCAGUAUAUAAUCCUUGCUUGGGGUCGUCAAUUAGACGAUUACCUUUAAAAUGAUACCAAUUAUACCUUUGAAUUCACUCUGUGAAAGGGAAAAAAACUGCUUUUACUAACGCAAGAAAUUCUGCGCGUUAAGCGAUAUAAUUUUGAAUUUUGAAAAUAACUCGAAAUCUACGCCGAAUUUCGAAAAAAGUGAUUAGAUCGAAAAUGUAGUUUAAAAAAUUUUCUACAAAAAAGGUUUCUUUGGAUUUUUCUCUAAGAGCUGUCGUUUCUUUAUAAAAUGCGAUCAAACUUCGGGGUCGAAUUUUACUGGAAAAUUUUUGCGCCGCGUAAAGGGUUGAAAAAGAAACCGCUGUAUCUCCUCGAAAACUCAACAUUUCGGGACGAAACAAAAAUCAUUUUACUCUUUAGAAUAUCUACUUUUCAAAUGCAUUUGCAAAAAAAUUCAGACUAGUACAAUUUUUUUGGUAUACAACACGAAAGGUUUUGUUUUUUGCCGGUUGCACGAAUGGACUAUAACGUACGAACGGACUAUAAUUUUGAAUCCCAGAUUACAAAAUUAGCGAAUAAAAGUCCAGUAAUACCAAAUUAAAAAUCUUAUUACGUGUUAACGACCUAUCAAAACCCGAAAUGGUACGAAAAAAAAAUAAAAAAAAAAAAAAAUUAUUUGCUUGCAGUCUCUGGUUUGUAGAACGAAAUUUUUGUAUUUUUAACUCUUCGAAGCUUCUCCCGAUUGGUUUGUAUAUAUGUGUAAAUGUGUAUGGGUAAUCGGCACAUGGACGUCGACGUCCAGUUUCGAAAUAAUCACCGUCCCGACGCGGCGCGCCGAAUUUUCUUUCAGCGCCGCGAAAUAACCGAAAAGAAAAAUUCAAGUGCGGUUCAAUAGUGGUAAAGUUUCGAAAAAACUAAUUUUUCAUUCUCGCAUACAUAAAAAAGACAUCGACGAUAUGAUUCCAGUUUUCAACAAAUAUGAUGGAACGAACAGAAAUUUCCUUAUAAAACUCAAUAAACAAGUGAUUUUACUAGAAUCAUGAGUAAUAAUAAUAGUAAAUAAUUACUUAAUCGUUUAGUGUUGAUUAUACGAUGUUGGAUAUAUUCAGAGGCCUUAAAGCUCUAGUUAGAGUCAGUCACAUCCAUACGGAUUCCCCAAUCUUCAGACUACAUUAUUCUUUAACAUCCAGUAUGUUAAUAGCUUUCAGUCUUAUAGUAACCACCAGACAGUACGUAGGGAAUCCUAUAGAUUGUAUCCACACCAAAGAUAUACCGGAAGAUGUUUUUAAUACCUUCUGUUGGAUACAUUCGACAUUCACCGUUGCCAAUGACAAAAAUGAACCUUACGCUCAUAUGUAUCUACCGGGAAGUCCGGGAAUAAGGACAACUCACAACGAUAAAGAAAAAAAAGUUUACAAGUAUUAUCAGUGGGUGUGUUUUUGCUUAUUUUUUCAAGCAAUUCUAUUCUACACGCCCAGAUGGCUCUGGAAAUCGUGGGAAGGUGGCAAAAUUCACGCGCUGAUGAUGGAUCUCGACGUUGCCGUUUGCACGGAAAUCGAAAAAAAACAAAAAAAGAAAUUGAUGAUCGAUUAUUUAUGGGAAAAUUUGAGAUACCACAAUUGGUGGGCUUACAAGUAUUAUUUAUGCGAAGUAUUGGCGUUGAUCAAUGUCGUCGGUCAGAUGUUUUUGAUGAACAGAUUCUUCGACGGGGCCUUCAUAAUGUUCGGUUUCGAAGUGAUAUCGUUCAUGAACAGCGAUCAAGAAGAUCGUAUAGAUCCGAUGAUCCAGAUAUUCCCGAGGAUGACCAAAUGCACUUUCCGGAAAUACGGAGUUUCCGGCGACGAAGAAAAACACGACGCCCUCUGUAUACUUCCUUUGAACGUGGUCAACGAGAAAAUUUACGUUUUCCUGUGGUUUUGGUUCAUUAUUUUGACAAUUUUGACGUUUCUCACUGUCGUUUAUAGAAUUAUCAUAAUUUUUUCGCCUCGGAUGCGAGUUUACCUUCUGAGGAUGAGGUACAGGUUGGUUAGGAGGGACGUCGUCGAUACCUUGGUCCGCAGGAGUAAAAUGGGGGAUUGGUUUUUAUUUUAUAUGCUGGGGGAGAACGUGGAUUCGUUAAUUUUUCGGGAUGUUAUGCAAGAGUUGGCGCACAAGCUUAAUAGGCACGAUUUUCACCAUGGACCAGGCUUCAAAGGAGAAAUCCAAGAAGCGUAAAAUUCGAACGAAAAAAUUCCUUUUGAAACCGCGUCGAAGAAGUUUUACAUCGCACUUUGAAGUUA